CCUCACAGUUAGCGCUCCUUUCCGAGGAAUGCGAGAGACACACAAAGCCCGAGCGAUUCCCAGGGCUUCCCACUAACUUUAGCUCGUAACUCGGUCAUGGAUUUGUAGUUAUUCGCGCUUGUUUUUUUCCAUUAACUGUUACGCUCCGGAUCCCAAACUGGCGCCCUCACAUCUCCAACUGACACGCGCCAAUGAUCUCAUUGACCAGAUCAUGCUGAAAGUGCUACCUGCGUGGCGGGGGGCAGGAGGAGGUCAUGGUUGGGGUUGGUCUCAGUGCGUGAGGUGGGAGUCUGGAGAAGAGAGCUCAUCUCAGGAUCUGGAGUGUCCGCUGUGGUGUGUCCUGUGUCGAGGGGGGAGAGACCGACUCAAGCAGGCCUGUCAGAUAGGGAAGGGUGCGCUGCGUCUGCCCGCAGACAUGCUAAGCCUCAAACUUCCACAGCUUUUUGACAUCCACCAGGUGCCAAAGAAAGAUUUGGAGAUCAUGAGAGUGUUUCAAGAAGAUAAUAUCAUAUCUGGGUACCGUCAUCCUCGGAGCUCGGCCCUGGACUGCAUCCUCAGCAGUUUACAUAUGACCAAUGAGACCAUGAAUAUCUGGACUCACUUUCUACCAACCUGGUAUUACUUAUGGAGAUUUUGCUUGCUGUGCUGCACUGUGGACUUUUUGUCGGAUAGUUACACCUGGCCCCUGCUGGUCUACAUGCUUUUGGUCUGUCUGUAUCCCUUCACGUCCAGCUGCGCUCACACCUUCAGCACCAUGUCUACAGAUGCCUGUCACAUCUGUUACUUCUUUGAUUACGCAGCGCUCAGCCUGUACAGUCUUGGCUGUGCCAUCACCUACGGCUCUUACGCAAUGCCCGACUGCUGGGUUAACAGUUGGCUUCAUCACUAUUUCGUGCCCAUUGCCAUCUGCAACACACUCUUUUGUACCGGCAUGUCUUGUUACUCAAGGUUUGUAGAAUUGCAGUGUCCACACAGAAGUAAAGUCAUGCGGACGAGCGCAUUCGUGGUUCCCUUUCUGUUUGACAGCUGUCCACUGUUCUACAGAGUGCUGUCGUGCUGUUGGGAGAGCUGUAGUCCGAAUGAAGCUCUGGCCAACCAUGGUUACCAUUUGAUCUUUGCAUUUCUCACAUGCUUCCUCUUUGCAUCUCACCUCCCUGAGAGACUGGCUCCCGGUCGCUUUGACUACUUCGGUCACAGUCACCAGCUGUUUCACGUGUGUGCGGUAGUGGGCACCUAUUUCCAGAUGGAGGCACUGUUGGCUGACAUGAGGUCUCGCAAAGAGUGGCUCACGUCCCACUCGGCCUUACCUUCUUUUCAGGGCACCCUGGGGGCGUUCGCUUUGGGUGUCCUCCUCAACCUGGCUCUCAUCGGUUUCUUCAGCGCCAGUUUACCACGAACGCCCCGCCAAAGCACUUCGUCUUCCGAUGCCGCCCUCACACAAAAGGCACUUUGUGGGGACAAGGAAGAGUAAAACGCUUUCUUCACACAGCCAAUGGAAGCUUCGCACCUUUGCUGACAGUAAACGUGCAGCACUUUUUCUAGGAUUUUACUACUAGCACACUUUACAGUCACUAAUCUUGAAUACUUUAUUUUUGCUUAUUUUCUACUAAAAGCAAAAUGUUUGUACUAUUCGAGCUCAUUCAGCGUAGGUCCCUUUUAUAGUUACUAAGCCGAUAACCCCUGAUAAUAAUCGAGACCUUUCAAGUGUACUUUUAAACCAUUGUGCCUUUUUUUAGUUACAAACACGAAAGGUCAGGGGUUAAAUGACGUGAAUGUUGAAUGUUACAGGUUAUAUUUUAACAAAGUUGUAGGUAUAUAUUAACCUUGUAAGGGUUUAUAAGCUAAAUAUAUUGAAGAAAAAAAACAUUUAUAAAUGUUAUGCUAUAACAUUUAACUGGAAAAUGAUAAGUAGCAUUAAUCAGGUGUUUUAAUAUAGUCAAUAUUAACCUAAUUAAUAGAUGCAUCAGUAAUUAAUGUAAUGCUUAUCGAUAAAAAAAUCUACUUAAUAAGUCUCUACUUGCCCCUUUAAAUAUCUAUAUUUGUGUUUAUCUUUCAUUCCCUGUCCCUUAUUAUACAUCUGUGUUGUAUUAUCACUGCAAAAAAUUAUUUUAAUAUUCUGGACCACUUUUGAAAACCUCAGCAUAGGUUAAGGGGGAAAAGGGCUAUAUCUCUGCCAAGACAAUAUUUACAUUUUUACUUUUUAACCCUGUGAAGGAUAAGUUGUUCUUUAAUUUCGUCCAAACAUUUUUCAUCUCAUGGUAAUGUGGGAUUGUACUGGACUUUGGGCUGUGGUACAAUAUUUGUCACAUACAGUUAAAAGGCAUUUGUUACAUUACUGUGGUAUUGUUUUGUUCAUUGCAGGAUUAUGGCAUACAAUACAGUGUAUUUUUUUGCAUUUUUUACAUAUUAACAAAGCAGAACGUUUUAGGUUUGUAUAUAGUUACUUACUGUCAGUGAAUCUUGUAUCCAUGCAGUGCAUAACUCAAAACAAGUUUAUUGUCAUGUAUAGCAUUUUCCUCCUUUUACUAAAUACUUGCUGCUCUCAAACCAGAAGUCAAAACUAACCAUUUUUUAUAUUAAGCUGUUAACCUCUGACUGUUGUUUUUCCUUUAAGGGGAGUACAGGCUUCUCAGUCUGACCUAAUGCUGAAUGACUGGUAAAUAAUUCUGUGCAAUUAAAGCCGCCUAAAGGCAAGAACAUUUUCUAACCUGCUCCGAAGCACGGUCACAUGGUGGUAAUAAUAUUUGAAUGGGUGUUUAUGAAAGGGAUUUGGGGUUAUAAAGGAAUAGUAAGUGUUUUGAAGGUUAGUGGUGGAUAGAUUCUGCACUUCUUCACAUGCCUAUUUGUAGUUUGGAAGCAGAGAAGUCUUGCUAAAUUGUGUGUAUGUGUGCGUGCGUGUGUGUGUGUGUGUGUGUGUGUGUGUGUGUGCACACGUGUCAUCUUUAAAUAUGAAAAUGAUCGGCAAUGACAGUAUUUCGUACAAUAGAGAAGAAAUGAAAUGCAAAAGGUAUUGGUACCCAAAUCCCUGUGUUUGUUGGCCCAAAUGAAUGUAUUGCAGUUAAAAACUGUGCAUUUAAGUGUCCUUUGAUGUUACAAUGUAGCAUUUAAAAUUGCCAAGGAAAAUGAUAAUCUAAAAUAAUCAUUUUACUUUUUGAAAGGUCAAAUAAUUUUGUGAGGGGUGUAAGCUUUGAGAAAGACAAGCCCUUUAGAUUAAGUUCAAAGAUUUUGUUACAAUAAAUGUAUUUCCCUUUAAAUCAAAGUAGUAAAAUAAGUUAUAUUGUACAAAAAUGCCUCAUAUUUGUAAUUGGUAUAUUGAAAUAUUUUUGUAAUAUUUGAAAAUGUGAAAAAAUGACCAUGAUAAAGUGACACGAUGUUUUAAAUAAUAAAAUAAAACUGACUUGUACACUAUA